CUCACUUUCUUUCAAAUAAAAACUAUACUUUCCUUUCUCCCCUUACCAAAAAACACCCCCCAGGCUACCCCACCCCCUCGUCACCACCCCACCCCACUAUUCAAGAAAACCCUUUACUGUCUUCACUCUCUCAAACCCCAAAUCCUCCCAUUUUUUCUACUAAAACAGAAAAGAAUCCUUUUUGUUGUUGUUGUUGUUGUUGUUGUGUUUCUGCAACUUCUUGCUGUGGAACCAAGAAAAGUAGUGUAGUGAGGUAAGAGGGAAAAAGGGUAUCUUGAAAAAAUGCUACAUUUCUUGUUCCUACUGUUGAGCUUGAACUUCAUCUAUCCAACAACCUCAAAAUCCACCAUCGAGCCAUGUUCCAACUCUGACACUUGUUCAUCUCUUCUUGGUUACUCUCUUUACACUGACCUUAAAGUUUCUGAAGUUGCUUCACUUUUUGAAACAGACCCAAUCUCUCUUCUAACUACAAAUGCUAUAGACAUCUCAUAUCCAGAUGUUGAAAACCACAUACUUCCAGCUAAACUCUUCCUUAAAGUACCUGUUAAAUGCUCUUGUGUUGAUGGGAUCUUUAAGUCUGCUUUUGUUCAUUACAAGAGUAGACCUUCAGAUACUUUGUCUUUAAUUGCUGAUACUAUCUAUGGUAGUCUUGUUUCUGCUGACCAGAUCAAGGAGGGGAAUCCUAAUGCUGUUGGUCCUGACCCUUCAGUGUUAAAUGUUGGGACUAAUCUUUGGAUUCCACUUCCUUGCACUUGCUUUAAUGGGACUGAUAAUAAUCUUCCUGCUAUUUAUAUGUCAUAUGUUGUUAGACCUGUGGAUACUCUUGCAGGGCUUGCUGCUAGGUAUUCUACCACUCUUACUGACCUUAUGAAUGUUAAUGCAUUGGGUGGUCCUUCUAUUAAGGAGGGUGACAUUCUUUCCAUUCCCUUGUCUGCGUGUGCAUCUAGCUUCUCGAGAGCUGCCUCAGAUUAUGCCUUAUCUGUUGCGAACGGGAGCUAUGCUAUUACAGCUGGCCACUGUGUGCAAUGCAGUUGUGGACCAGGGAAUCGGAAUUUGUACUGCACGCCAGCUUCCUUAGCAGUUUCUUGCUCAAGCAUGCAGUGCAAGAACAGCAAUCUCAUGCUCGGAAAUGUUACUGUACAACAGACUGGCGGUGGUUGCAAUGUGACUUCUUGCAAUUACGGUGGCCUUAUUAAUGGAACCAUCAUUACUACAUUAUCCUCAUCUCUUCAACCUCGAUGCCCUGGACCCCAGCAAUUUCCUCCACUUGUUGCCCCACCUACAUCAGUGGGCCCAGACUUAAUGUUUGCUCCUGCCCCUUCACCUUCUGAAUCUGGUGGUGCUCCCAUGAAUGGUCCACAUUCUCCUGUGGUGCCCCAAUCUGGCUCAGUCAUAGCGUUUCCACCUUCAGGUGGACCAAGUGGAAGUUCAUCUUCUGCUUGCUCGUUGGACCCUUUUGCUAGUUUUCCGAUUGCAGUUUUCUUGUAUUUGUCUAUGAAGUACGCGAUCUCACUUCCAUUAUAAUCCUCAUGUGUUGUGGAUGACCAGGUGAGGGAGUUUUCCCCUAUUAGAUUAAAGAGGAAGGAUGUGGAAUUUUUGUGUAGUGUAUUUUUCACUUGAAGAUUGUCGGGUUUACUAUUUAUUGCUCCCAAAUUGUGAAUUAAUUUUGUGAUUUUCUAUUUUUUUUUGUUGUUGUGUGAAUUGUAAUUCUAACCCUCAUGUAUGACCAUUGAUAUCUGUGUAUCUGGUUUUGCAUUGUCUA